GGAGAAGGGAAAAAGUAAAAGCAGCGCAAAGAGUAAAACCACCUACAAGUCAAAAGUCCAGCAAUUUUAAAGUAGAAGAAGAAUGGGUAAGAAAUCAGCAUCAUCAAGAAAGAAAGGAGUUGGUGGUUCAAUUACAUUAAGACAAGAAUUAGGUGGCAUUGGGAAGAAGAAACAAAACCAUGUUAAUCCUAAAUCAAUGCUCAAAUUGGAACAUAUUAAGAAUCUUGCUACUUGGGCUAGUGGAGAAGCUUCCAUACCUUCACUUGCUGCAUUCUUUGGGCAGAGAUUAGCUGCAUCAGCUGACUUAUUGGGUGUUCCUCCUGGCCCUUCAUUAUUUACUUGUCAAAGGUGUGAAUCUAUCCUUCAGGCUGGCUACAACUGUACAGCACGGAUUGAGAAGAACAAAAGAAAGGCACGAAAGAAACGCAAGACAUCUGGUAUUCCCCCGAAGAACUGUGUUGUAUAUGAGUGCCAUUUCUGCUCGCAUCGGAAUCUAAAGAGAGGAACCCCGAGAGGCUAUGUAAAAACGCUAUUUCCUGCCAAACCAAAAACUUCAAGAGUAGACCCUGCUAAAUCAGCAACCCGAAAGUCUGAACAGUUGGAUACAUUAGGGGCCAGUAUUGAUAAGGCAAGAGUUAAUCCUACUGAAUCAGCAAUGCGAAAGUGUGAACAGCUGGAUCCGUUAGUGGCUUGUAUUGGCAAGGCACAAGUUGACCCUACUGAAUCAGCAAUACAAAAGUCUGAACAAUUCGAAGCUUCAGUAUCUAGUACUGAUAAAGAUAAUAAGACAGAUGUAGUAGUUUCAUCUGAAAUAGUUGGAGAUGAUCCUAUGGCUAGUCCUGCAACUCCGCUGCCAACAGUACCAGUUACGUCUUUGCUGGACUCGAAGAGGAAGAAAAGAAAUAGAACGGGGUCCAAGAAGAAAGUCGAACCUCGGGAUGGUUCAUCCAUGACAGAUGCUGAGAAAACUGUCGCAACAUCCAGUAAGCGAAAGAAGAAGUCUUGGACCAGUUUGAAGGAAAUUGCUGAAAGUCAGAGUAGCAAUAGCAGGAAGUUCUCCAACAUAUCUGUUCCAUUUAUUCUUUAAUUGUAAGAAUUGUAUCUGGUCCUGUGACAUUUACAAUUAAGACUUAAUGCAUUUACCCCACACUUUAAUUCUAGUUUGGAUUCUCUUUGAUUUAA